GCAGCAAUCAGCAGAUGCAUAUGAAUGAAUGUCAUCAGUCACUGUAUUAGGCUACAUAUGUGCUCAGGGUUUCCACUGGAAGUCCUAUAUCUGGACAUUCAGGCUAUGCGUAAAACGAGUGUGCGCCACGUCCCUGCCAUUUUCAACUUUACAUUUGUCUUUUAUGUCACAGGCAGGAUCAGUGUCAGCAUGAUGCCGCCGUCAGAGACCGUCUUGCCCUCAGUUUUGUGGUUGCGUGGAAACUAAAAAAAGGCAGCAGUGAGCGAGCCCUGCCUGAACUGUGGGAGCAUUUCCAGUGGCGCUUCGUGGUUGCCAGAGCGGCUCUCAGCACAAGUUUAACGAGCAGCAAAAACAAAGAACCUGAUGGACGCUGACCAGAACAUUCACCAAGCCCUGCUUGUGUGGAUCUCUCUGAUCUGAUCUACCGGGCGGUUUCAUUGUGAAGCACAUGCUGGGAAACGCACGAUGAAAAGGAGAGGGAAAGCAGCAAAAACGCUCAACAGCUACUGGGGAGGUUGAUGUGGACAUCAUCCCUUGUGCCCAGGUGGUCUGUCCUGGAGCAUGCCAAUAUCCCACCAUGCCCCUACUUUCAGACUGGCUCCUGCGCCACUCUGUGGUCAUGUGUUUGCUGCUGCACAGCCUGGUGCUGAUGACCUUCUGCUUCCACCACGCUGCCACCAGUUGUUCCAAGAGCUGCUACUGCUCUGAAAGCGACAGUGGUGGCAAGACUGUGCGCUGCAGCAACCUGCAGCUCACAGAGAUCCCCAUGGAUAUCCCCAACGACACACGACGUAUCUACCUGGACUUCAACCUGUUCACUACAGUCCCAACCAAUGCUUUUGCAGGGUUACAUCAGCUUGUUGAACUGGAUCUAUCACACAACGAGUUAAGCCAGUUACAGCCGGGAGCAUUCAGAGGCCUGGGAUCCUCACUGCAGUUCCUGGACCUUUCUUCUAACAAGCUGGUUUACUUUAACCCAGAUGCUUUUGAGGGCCUGCGGGCUCGCGCCAACCUGACAAACAAUCCGUGGCAUUGUGACUGCAACUUGCAGAUGGCGAUGCCUCGUGUGGACUUGGAGCCUGUGUCCUUAACGGGCAUUGUGUGCCAGACUUCAGAUCCUGAAGAGAUAGGAGUACAAGGACUUGCCUUUCUGUUGGCACCAGACAUAGACCUCUGUGUGGUGAUGAAGAGGACUACAGACGUGGCCAUGCUGGUCAUCAUGUUCGGCUGGUUCUCCAUGGUCAUCUCCUAUCUUGUCUACUAUGUCAGGGCUAAUCAGGAGGACGCUCGCAGACAUCUUGAGUAUCUUAAGUCAUUGCCCAGCAGACAGGGCAAGUCUGAGGAAUCCUCCACCAUUAGUACUGUGGUAUAGGGCUGAUGGAGCUACACAUUGAUCUUUAGCAGUACCCCAAACCAAACAGAACGGAUCUACAACCUGCAACUACACAAGUUGUUAUAAGUCUCAGAUGCUUUACAGUACAAGCUGUUGUCAUGGAAUCAAGGUGGGCAACAAGACAUGAGCUGCACAAGAAACCAGGCUAAUGCAACCUAGCCCAGAUAAAUAAUUCAUCAUACAGUGGCCCAUAACGAGUUUUGUAGGUUGAGAUGAUGGCCCAGCCUGCGCACUGAGGGAGUUAAAGCAGCAAUGUUUUUUUUGGCCAACUCCAAAUAUGGGAUACAAAUGGGAUUUAUCCAGUCAUGCAUGCACCUUGUUGCACCUUGCACAAACAGAUACAAGUAAGGAUGCAACAUCAGACAGUUAUAGCAACUGGGAAAAACCCAGUAAGAAUGACGAAACUCACCUUUCAACUGUUUUCCAUUAGAUACCAAUAUAUUAAAUUAAGUUUCCCAAUGAAGUUGUUCUUUUUGGGUGUUUCUCUUGUCUUAACUUCGACAAUCACUCAAGAAAGUAUUUAGAAUCUGAAUCACUCUUUAGCGAUCGCAUAUUCAACUCGCUGAUGCUGAUGAAUCAGUUUGCUGUGGGAUGAAGGACGCAUACGUUUUUCUGUGAUGUUUGACAGAAGCUACUGAGAGAGAGAGCCAUACUGAUGAGAUCGGCCGUCCUCCAAGCUGCCCGUUUUUGUUAAGAGUGUUUGACAGGAAACUUAUGCUAGCCCCAAUACACGGUAGAAUCUCUAAAUGACCUAUAGAGCACACAGUACCCUACACUCCACAUAUUUUGUUCUUAAUUUGACAUUUUCUUGAUAUAUUUGUCCAUUAAAUCAAUUUAAAGUUACAGUAUAUAAGAAAAUGCAUGGACGUGGGAUAUUGUGAGAGGAAACAAACCAAACUCGCUGUCAACCCAGGGUGAUAGAAGUUUUAAAGGAAUCCUGUUUGUGAACUAAUCGAAGCAAACGUAACUAAGGUGUGUCUCCCAGGUACAAAAACACUGAAUUACUCUUUAGUUUGAUAUGCUAAUAUGUUAGCAUAUAUUGUUAGCCUCAAGCCGGUAACCCUGGCCUGUAUGCAACAUUGUCUGUCAAAAGGUUGAAUUGAAAUGCAUGAAAUCAAAAAUAAGGGAGAGGGAGAAAGACUCAAUACAAAACAGGGAAACGUAUAGUCCUGU